GAGAGAGAGAGCGAGUGAGAGACGUGCACAAACGCACACACACAUACGGAGCGAGACGGGAGGAGAGAAGAGGAGUGGAGAGAAUGCCUGGUGAAAGGGUGGCGCUUCCUCGCUUGCUGCUUCCAAGGCCUCUGUGAGAGAGAGACACCAUGGGCUGCAUCGGCUCCCGGACCAUCACUUAUAUCUGUGUGGAGAAGAGGGCACGCAAUGCAGUGUCAAUUUACACAGCGGACGCUGUUCCCGUACGGAAAGAUGGGGAGCAGCUCUCGAUGGAGGACACUUCCUCCAUCCUGCCUCGUCUGAAGAGGAACUCCAGCGCCUACGGGAUCGGUGCCCUGGCUAAGUCCUCACUGACAGGUGUGUCAGGCGUGUCCCGUUCCAUGAAGGAUAAAGUGACAAAGCCCACUGCCAUGGCCUCGGGCAAGGUGGCGCACAUGAUCGAAUGGCAGAGCUGGAACACACCAUCCACUGGGACUGAAGGGACUGUGGUCGCCAAAAUCCCAACCUCGCAACGCGAAAAGGAUAGGAGGAGGGAGAGUGAAAUGUACAGCGAACUCAGUGAAGGAGAAAAGGAAGCCCGCUUCACCGCAGGAUUAAUGGCACAAUUUGCCUUAUCGGAGGCUACUCUUCUGGGCUGGAGAUCUAUGGAGGAAGACAGCCUUUGUGCUGGCUCCAACCAAGGCAGUGGGGCACACCUCAGUGAGACCAACCAGGAGAGCAUCACCAGCAGAGAUCAGGCGACGCAUCACUCCUCGGCCGACGUGUGGCCCAACACCUACGUCGCCCAGGGCCUCUAUUGCCUCUCCUCCUCCGACGCCUGGGAGCCAAUCAGCAACGAUCCAUCGGGCGUGGCCUCGCCGGCCGCCUACAUCAUGGCGGGUGGGGGCGGAGGGACGCCCGGUGAGGGCUACGGCGAGCUGGACAGCGUGGGGGGCUACAUCCAGCAGCCGUCCCAACAGCUCACCCUGCAGCAGCAGAGCCAGCUGCAGCUCCAGCAGCUGCAGCAGAUCCAGCUGUACCAGCACCAGCAGCUAAUGCUCUACCAACAGCAACAGACAAUGGAACACAGACUACACAGUGCAAACCACUCCCUCCAAGCCACGCCCAACAGCACCAUCCACAGUCUGGGCCUGCCCACUCACCCUCGCCUGGCUGACCUAUGGGGAUCCGCGCAGGUGGAGAUUGUCGGACAGAUGAGCGGGCCAAUGGGUGACAUGGUUGGGGGUGUGGUUGAGACCUUGGGGGAGGAGCCAGAGGAGGAGAGCGAAUGCAUUUCAGAGCAACAGGAAGAGGAGGAGACUAAGGAAGAUGAGAUUACGUUAACCUUGGAGCCAACUUUGACCCCGUCGCCGCUUAGAGAAGACGCCACCCCGAUUGGAGGCACCAGUCCACAACUAGCACGCCCAGAAUCAAUGGGAGAGCGCAUACCCUUUGUGGUCACGCCCUGCAUAGUCCAAUCGUUGGAGGAGAAGGAUGAAGAGGUGGCGGAGGGGUCUAUUGUUGCCGUGGCAAUCAAUUGAGAGGGACAGUCAGAAAGAGAGAUUGACAAACAUGAUACACUUAUCAAUAAUCAACCAAGCAAGCUAUUCCACACCCCUUCCAGCUAUUUACCCACUCUGAGACUGAGAGAAAAACAAAGACCAAGUGCUGGAAAUGACAAUGAUGAAAGAGCCACAGGCGACUUUAAAGACAGUUCAUUGACUGCUCAAAUCUGUGGGUUUGCUGAAACGUAAGGAUUUGUUUUGCCGUGAUAUUGAACUGAGGAAAGGAAGUUGAAAGAAUGGAGUUCAAGAGUAGAAAGAAAGACAAAGGACACUGCGAUAAAGUUCAGUGCAAUACAGAGAAUCACGAGACAACCAAAAGGAAGUGCAUGCUUUUGAAAGGAAUCUAACGAUAAUAGUAAACCGUAUACAAAGUAAUAAUAUAUAAUAAGGAUUUUUAUAAAAACAAAAAAGGAAAUAAAGUGAUAUGUAUCA